CAUGUUAGACUACACACUGUUUUUGUCUUUGGUGGUUUUGGUGUCGGUGGAACAUGCUUCUUUGGCACCUGCUCCUCUACAAAUAGUAAAUGAAGAGCUCACCCACACAGAAGCCAUCAGGGAUGUUGAGACACCUCUGAACCUCACCAGGACAAACUUUGAACGUUUAGAGAACCUGAGCAACAGAUCCAGAUAUGUUGCAAGGAGCUGUAAAGAGAUCAUGGACAGAUAUGAUGAACGAGAAGAUGGGUUGUACUUCCUGACCACUGCUAAUGGCAUGGUCUAUCAGACUUUCUGUGACAUGACCACCGCUGGAGGCGGCUGGACGCUGGUGGCGAGCGUCCACGAGAACACCCAUUAUGGAGGGUGCACAGUGGGUGAUCGCUGGUCGAGCCAGCAGGGCAACAAUGCUGACCUGCCAGAUGGAGAUGGGAACUGGUCCAACAGAAACACGUUUGGAACUGCAGAGGGCGCCACCUCGGAUGAUUUUAAGACUCCAGGUUACUAUGAUAUUGUAGCAGAAGACAUGUCUGUGUGGCACGUUCCCAACAACUUCCCACUGGAGCACUGGAACCUGGCAGCCAUCCUCCGCUACCACACUAGCAACCGCUUCCUCCGCCUGUAUGGAGGAAACCUCUUUGAGCUCUUCAAGCGAUAUCCAGUGAGAUACAAUAUUGGCUCGUGCAGCGAAAGAGGCCCAGCUGUUCCCAUUGUGUAUGACCAUGGAGACAGAGAGUCCACCAAGAUGUUUUAUGGACCCAAAUCAAGAGCGGAGUCUGAACCAGGUUUCAUCACAUUCAGACCAAUAAACAACGAACGUGCAGCCAUGGCUAUCUGCUCCGGGGUCAAACCGAACACUGGAUGCCACACUGAACACGUUCCCAACAACUUCCCAGUGGAGCACUGGAACCUGGCAGCCAUCCUCCGCUACCACACCAGCAACCGCUUCCUCCGCCUGUAUGGAGGAAACCUCUUUGAGCUCUUCAAGCAAUAUCCAGUGAGAUACAAUAUUGGCUCGUGCAGCAACAGAGGCCCAGCUGUUCCCAUUGUGUAUGACCAUGGAGACAAAGAGUCCACCAAGAUGUUUUAUGGACCCAAAUCAAGAACGGAGUUUGAACCAGGUUUUAUCACAUUCAGAGCAAUAAACUACCAACGUGCAGCCAUGGCUAUCUGCUCCGGGGUCAAACCGACCACUGGAUUCAACACUGAAACCUUUGCCUCACACUCUUUGAACGAGGGGUAA